AUGGCAUAUUAUCUCAUUCUAGGUAAAGUUCCUGCUAAAGAGGAACUUGAUUAUGUUAAGUUCGAUUCCUCAGAACGCAUUAUGAUACUCAGGAAUACUAUAUAUGAGAUGAAGAAGAACACUCUUUCCAGUAUUGACAGAAGCGAUCUCAAAUUAUGGAAAGUCAAUAUUCCUUUCGACUGUGAAAAUGAUAAGCUGAAGAUGCUUGAUAACGCGUUUGGUACAAUUAACAUUGAAAAAGAUCUUAAAGGAGAGAAAAUGUUACCAGGAGACGAAAUUUCAAAAUAUUUAAAAAACUUAUCAACAUCCUCAAUCCACAUCCUCGUGCAAUUGCCUCAGCCCACCACCACUGAAAAAGGAAAGCGAUCGCGGAUAGAUUUGGAUGAAGGUCAAAAUAGUAAAAGAGCAAAAUUUGCAGAUUUAAAUAUAAUUUCUACUGCCCAUAAAAUCAUGGAAGGCAUAAUGAAACUUGAUGAGAAUGAAUCUACUUACUCAAAUCCUAAAAAUUUCCUCUCAUUACCAUAUCCAUACAUUGGCGAAAAAUUACCAAUAGAUAGAUUCGCUAUUGACAAUAAUCGUUAUUUCAACUUUAUGGGACGAAAGGAAUUCAGAAACAUUUUAGAAACCAUAAACAAACUUCGAUCUGGUACUGGAUAUAUGAAAUUAUUUGUUUAUGGUACUGUCGGAUAUGGCAAGUCACAUAUUCUUUCAGCAAUUGCAUGCUUCCUUUUCCGAACAGGAAGACGUGUUGUAUUUCUUCCCGAUUGUCGCCAACUGGCAGUAGACCCAGUAGAUUAUACCAAGUCUGCCUUAUUUCUUGCCUAUCAUGAUGAUGAUGCAAAAAUAAAUGAAAUUAAUUCCUGUGAAAAUUUUGAAAAUAUCGUAGAUUUUUGUAAAAAAUUACAAUUCAAAGAAAAGUUAUAUUUUAUCGUCGAUCAAAUGAAUGCUCUAGAUGAACUUGAUAAUACUGGGGUUAGCUUAAAAAUUAAACAACAAAUUAAUAAAAUGAGCAAUUACCAUUAUUAUAUAAUGAGUUUUUCAGCUAACAAUAAGACAAUACUACAUUAUCUUAUGCAAAAGCAAACUGGUGAAUUGAAGAUCAAGCUUUAUGGAGGGUUUAAUGAGGAAGAGAUGGAAGAAUGGUGGAAAAAGUAUAGUUUGCCAGCAAUGAAUGAUCAGGAGAAGGAACAAAUCAAAGACAUCACAGGCAAAAUUCCACUAUUCUUAAACUUUUUGCUAGAAUAUAGUCACGAGAAUUUUGAAGGUGCAUUUGCAUAUCUAAAACAAAAAUUAAAGUCAAUAAUACAAAAGCCGAUGAUAGAAUAUUCGGAAAAUCUAUUAGGCAAUAAACAUACAUGGGAUCGGUAA